AUGGCGAAGAAGCAGAAAUCCCGCACCAUAGCCGUGCGCCUCAUCUCCAUGGCCAUGACCGGUUUCUUCCGCACCAUGAUCCGGCCGCGCACACAUCGCCCGCUGAGCAUGAUGAAGUACGACCCCGUCGUGCGGAAGCAAGUCCUCUUCCUCGAGCAGAAGCGCAGUAAGAACAAAUAG